CCGCGCUUCGGUCCCGCUCCGCGGCUCCAUGGCGCCCGCCCGCCCGCUCCUGCCCCUGCUGCUGCUGCUGCUCUGCGUGGGCCUCCCCGCAGCCGUCGCCGAGUCGAUCCGAGAGACUGAAGUCAUCGAUCCUCAGGAUCUCCUGGAAGGUGGAUACUUCUCUGGAGACCUCCCUGAUGAUGAGGAUAUCGGAGGGCCGGGACAGGACAGUGAUGACUUUGAGCUGUCAGGCUCUGGAGAUCUGGAUGACUCAGAGGACCAUAGGACCUUCCCUGAAGUGAUCCAACCCUUGGUGCCUCUAAAUAACCACAUCCCAGAGAGGGAAGGGCCUGGGAGGCGGGUUCCCACUGAAACUGGGGAACUGGAGGCGAACGAGGUCAUCCCCAAGCGGAUCGCACCCUUUGAUGGGGAUGAGGAUGUGUCCAACAGAGUGUCCAUGUCCAGCACCGCCCAGGGCAGCAACAUCUUUGAGAGAACAGAAGUCCUGGCAGCUCUGAUAGUGGGUGGCAUUGUGGGCAUCCUCUUCGCUGUGUUCCUGAUCCUGCUGCUGGUAUACCGCAUGAAGAAGAAGGAUGAGGGCAGUUACGACCUGGGGAAGAAACCCAUCUACAAGAAAGCCCCGACGAAUGAGUUCUAUGCAUGAAGCUCCCGCAGAUACAGCUUGGACUUUGGCGGGGGGGAGGGAAUCCAGAGGAUUGUGAGUAAUGGGCAUUAGAGUUAGGGGGUGGGCACCUUAAUACUGACCCAUUGGUGUCUCCAGCUCUGACUGCCUCUCCAGCAUCAGAAGAGACAUCAUCUUCCA